AUGACUGAAAAACUCAAGAAGUUGUUGUCACAGCAUCUUGGUGUCUCUGUGGUUGGGAUUAUAACCGACCUGUUUAGUUUUCUUGCCGGUCAGAUCGCGGAGUACGGAGUUCAGCGGAAAUGUGGAAAAACUGUAAUUGCGGUUCCAAGGAGAUCUCGAGUCGAACGUACUCCGGUCGGUAUUCUUGGAACAGGGUUCUCUUGGCUGCCUUCUUCACGUUUAUUUUGGAUCAUCGCCUUUGGAAUUUAUAAUAACCGUGAUUCACGAGUCAGUGGAUUUGUAAAUGUUACAGAUCAGCGUUCCUUAUACUCGGGCACAAAGAGACAUUUGUUGGAUCGGGAAUUUAGCCGUGGCACUUCAACGAAAUGGCAGCUGCUAACGAUCGCGAUCAAUUUUCAUAGCUCGUCCCAAAAAUCGUUGGAAAAAAUCGUGGACAUAUCGCUGGCUGUGUCGAGUGGAAUAUCGAAAGGCGAACGUCAAAAGGGAAGAUUUAUCCCCUUGGAGGCUGCGUAUAGUAGCAGCUUGCUGCCGCGUACGAUACACCAUCGGCAUCCGCUAGAUAUACUGCCGAUGAGAGAUAAAUGCACUGGCAUGCCAGGCGUAAUUCCAACCAGUUCUCCAUCUCUCGAGCUCUCGAGCAAAGCAACGCGGGUGGGAGGGAUUGGAAAAUAA